UUGAAUAGCAUAGAAUUUUAUGUAUGUCGCGACAUUUCUGUUGAUUCUAUCCUAACCUUACCUAACUUUAACCUAAAACAUGCUAAAUCUUAUGAUACGUCAAAAGAGCAUCAUCUGAUGAAUUAAAGUUAUUUCUGUGGAAAAAUAAAAAAAAUAUAAUCAGCGAUUAAACAAAAACUUUAAUGCAUUGCUUUAAAAUAUAAGAAAAUAUGAACAAUCAUAUUGCGCCAAGUAAAUCGACAGUCUAUGUGUCAAAUCUACCGUUCUCUUUAACCAACAAUGACAUACAUCAGCUGUUGGAAAGCUAUGGAAAAAUUGUCAAAGUAACAGUAUUGAAAGACAAAGUAAAGCGACGAAGCCGCGGCGUCGCUUUUGUAUUAUUUCUGAAAGUUGAAGAUGCUGUAUCUUGUGCAAACGCUCUUAAUAACACAGAGAUACUUGGUCGUACUGUGAAAAGUUCGAUAGCAGUCGACAAUGGUCGCAGCACAGAGUUCAUACGUCGCAGAGAUUACCCUGAUAAAUCUCAGUGCUAUGAAUGCGGAGAGGAGGGACAUUUGUCAUAUUGUUGCACCAACAACAUAUUAGGCCCUAGAAAACCACCACCAAAAAAAGUCAGGUUACGGAAAAAAAAUAUCAAACAAGAAAAAUGCGAUAUGAGUUACUUUGACAGCGAUAGUGAUGAAACGACGAAAAGGCCAAAGUACAGCGCCGAUGAUGCUGACGAUGCCAACGAUGCCGAUGAGGUCAAUGACGAUGUAGAAGAUGAGCCAGAAACACUGAGUGCAGUCAUUGCACUCGAGCAAAGACGAACUGAAAUUGAACAUAAAGAGACGACAGACGAAUGUGAUAGAAAAGAAGAUUUAACUAUACCAAAGAAACGUUAUAAAAAGAAUAAUUAUUUCAGCGACGAGGAAGAUUUUAGUGAAUAAUCUGUAUAAUAUAGUACAAAAUCUUGAUGAGAAUGAUAAUUAAAAAACUGUAUGCACAUAUGAUUCGAGUAUAUUUUUACACUUACGAAA